UUAUAACAAAAAGAUAUAUAUAAAACGGCUUUUAAGCCAAACUAUUACGUAUUACGAACAAUGGUUGCGGCUGUUGCCGACGUACUAACAGCAGAAGCAGCAACAACAGCAACAGCAACAGCUACAGCAACUACAACGCCGACGUUAGCAGCAACAGCGACGUUAGAGAACGGCAAUAGCAGCGACGUACAAUUUGCAGCAUUAACGGCCGCAAGUGCCAGCGGUUCACAAGCAGCGACCUCCAAUUCAAAUAGCAAGAAUAACAACUGCAACAACAACAGCAACAACGGCAAUCGCAACAGCAUCAGUAUUCAUAUUGAUAAGCACGACGACAACAACAGCAGCAACAAUAUCAACAACACCAACACCAACGCCAACACCAAAAACAACAACAACAUGUCCGAUGCAAACGUUGCCGAUGCCGCCAAAGCAACUGGCACAACAGCAACGCCAACAACGCCCACAACAACAGCAACAACAAUAACAGCUGCAGCAACUACAAAAAGUGCCGUUAGCCAACGCAAUGUGGACAUCAAAAUUGAAAAGUCAAGCAACAUGGAAGCCGCCACACAGCAGCUAAGCAAAAAGGUGCUCAAACUCGAUUUGGGCGCCAAAAAUUUGGAUGAAUAUUCGCUGAAAUCGCCAAAAUCCCCCAUUGCAGCACGUUUGCCGCAUCAAACAUCAUUGACGUCAUCGGUGGACGUUGAGGAUCGCAAGACAUUACGAGAGGCCUUAUAUCAGGGUAUAUUCCAUCGACAUCGCCGCACCAUAUUCGCGGUGGGCAGCUUUCUGCGAAUGCUACGAAGCCGUAACUCCCAGUACAAUACCAUUCGAAGCUCGUCGGAGGGCGAGGAUAUCGAUGAGUGUAACGGCCAGAGACAACAACUAAACACAACUACAACAACUAUAACAACAGCAACAACAACCACUUGAACAUCAUGAAUAACAACAACAACGACAAUCUGGAUUAUUAUUAUGGAAUCUGCUUUUUAGAUGGAACGUAGUGCCAGCCAAUCGCAGAUCAUGUCGUUCUCCAUUUUCGUCAAUAUUCAUCUUUUUUUUUUUUUUAAUGUAAUAAUAUACGUAUAUGAUAUGGGAUGAGGGUGGGGGCUGACUGAUCCAUGAUUGAUCCCUGCAGAGCACCGCCCGUCUUUUUUUUUUUUUUUUUUUUUUUGUACUUAGCAAAUAUAUAUUCACAUUACAUUAGUGCAUAUAUAGCUAAAAAGUCUUUCAUUUCUUAUAAGCAUCGAUCUGUCAUUACAUUCCCCUAUUCGUAUGUCCUACAUUGUAUACAGAAACCUGCGAACCAAUAUU